AUGACCAACCUGGUGCAAAGUGUCGGCACUAUUGUCGAAGCCGGUGUCAAAGGUCUCAUGGGACUCGCGGAUGGCUACAUACAUCCAGAGGGAGAAUCAAGUGGAGGGGAGACAUCGGGAGACGGUGCUCUCUCUUCUUCGGCACCUUCCUCGGACAUCUCGAGCGGUGCCUCCACAACUUCAUCACACGAUGCCUUUGCCAAUCUUGAGACUCUUAUCCGAGCGGUCGGAGUACCAUCUGGAUGGAUCCAUCUUCCAUCCACUUAUCUCGACGAGAAUGACACUGUGGGUCACAGGACCGUUCGGUCGUUUGGGAUCAGAAACGUAAUCGAUUCAGAAGUCAACGUCGAAGUCUCCAGUGAUCUCGGUCAAGGAUUGACCUUUUGGCUAGCGGAUGAUGAGAAACCACCUCCGUCGUCCGCAUCGACAUCUUCUUCCAUCUCGUCCACAUCAUCAGGCACCGCAUCCCUCCGGGUGACCAUCAGACCGAAUGCCACGGCCAAGAUCUAUUUUGCAUUUCAGCCUACCAACGCCAUGCCUGCUGUCGUCUCACCACCGUUCCUUGACGAUACAUCGACACCUCGAGUCCUUUCUGGCUAUAACGGCGCAUCUGACCUAGAGGUGUCUCCGAUGGCAUCACCUACUGCACUUUCCUCCGGAUCAGAAUCAGGCUCACUGCCAAAGUCUGCGACUACAUCGGCACUGAGACGUACUGAACCUGUGCAUCGAGCCUUUUCCGUCCAUGGUGUAGUCACUAUCAAGGCCGUCUCCACCCCAUCUGCGAGUGGCUCAAUAUCGAGUCAAUUGCUUAAUCUUCCCUUUUACGCCACAGUCUGUCGAUCUCUCUUCACAUCUGCAUUGAUCGAUCCACACUCCGGUCUCGCUAGUGGUCCCCAGCAGUCUAGCGGACAUCUUGUCAUUGACUUCGGGGCGGAUCCCGUCGUCGGCAAAGAGUACCAUCGAGAUAUAAUGCUCGUCAAUCGAUCCGAGUGCGAACUUGUCUGGACGACAGCCGUCGUCAGCGCCGAGCACAAAGAUGCCGUUUGGUUCUCGCUCCGCGAUCUCGAUUCAGAAAACGUCUUUGGUGUCGACACGUCGUCUCAGCCUGUACCCCUACCUGCGUUGUCUUCUCGUCACCUCAGACUCGAGAUGCGCGUCAAAGCGCCCAUUGAAGAAUUCGAAUUCGACUUUGUCGUUUCCAAUGUCCAUUCAUCAGGCAACACGGUCACUUGUCGAGCCAUUGGAUCAGCCCACAUGGAAACAGCGGAUCAGUCCCUCAAAGUCCUCAGCGGACCUGGCCUUGACUUUGGCCAGAUACCAGAUGGGAUAUGGGCGAAGAAGACUGUCAAUUGUAAGAAUACUGGAUCAAAACCUCUGGACGUCAGAUUCUCCGCUUCCAUAGGACAUGAAGUCAUUUUCCGCCUGGCCGGCGUUGCAGGUUACGACAUGGACGAUGAGGUCGAAGAACGACCUCGACCUCCAAGACAAACUUCGAACGAGCAAUUAUCUAGGGUGUCCACAAGAGAAGAUGUGAGGGGACGAAAAGCCAUUUCUGGUCGAUCAUCAUCUCGAGCUCCUUCUGUAGCGUCUAGCAAGGGAGGAAACACCUCUGAACCAUCUUCACGGGGGGUCUUUGACAAUGGUGGACCCAGAGACGACACGUCCAAUUCUACUGGCAGGCAUGGAUCUCAACCUCCUUCUCGCCCUCUCUCACGCGUGACCUCGAGAUCGAGCUAUCGGCCUCAGAAUGACGUCGACUCGGAUGAAGAUGAUUCAGAAAUGCCCUUCUUUGGAAGCUCCGAACAGACCAAUGCCUUACUCCAUGUACCGACUUCGUCCUCCCCUACAACGUCUUCGACGCCGCUGCCCGUCGACAUGAUGCUGGACAAGGAGAAUGCAGAUCAGAUUGAGGAAUUGACAAUGAGACCAGGCACAGAGUAUCGAAUCAUUGUGCUCUACCGGCCCUCUCGAGAUGCGUCGAGUGCCGCAGAAGUCGCUGGAGCGUUCCGUCCGUCGAAUUUCAAGAUCUUCCUGGACUCGAAUCCCAGCAUCAAGGCGUCUUCAAAAUUCCGUCGGGUCAUCAAUUGCUCUGCCGAAUCAUGUACAUCCUUCAUCGAGAUUUCAUCCGGCAAGAAGAUUGACUUUGGCGAAGUGACUGUUGGAGCGUCCAAGACGAGUACCGUGACGAUCAAGAAUCUCAGUGCCUUGUCGGCUCGAAUCGAAAUCGCAGCGAUCUCCAAAGUCUUGAUGGCCAAUCGGAACGUGAUUGUCAUUCCGCCCUUUGAGAGUGUUGAAGAGAAGCUGGAAUUCUUCCCUCGACGGAUCAAUGAUCACUACGAGAAGCAAAUAUUUGUUCGGAACCUCUUGAAUCGAGGUAAUGAUCAAUUGCUGGAAAUCAGGUCAAGGAACAUCGACGUGUACAAUCUCACCAUCCACUCGCAUCUCUAUCGAAUCCUUACACCUUCCGGAUCCAAUUUCUUAGACUUUGGAUCCGUCACGAUCAACUCCCCGACAGUUCGCUCAGUGUCUGUUCAGAAUCUCACACAAGCGCCGCUUGUUCUGGACUUGUCAGCUUCUCAGCCUGAGGAUGUUGAGCUUUAUGUCAAGCUGGAAGAUGUGAUCACGCCCGACAAGAGGAUCGUAGGCAAGUACGCCGAGGAACACGAGUCGGACAAGCCAUCUGGAACUGUAGCUGGCGAAUUGAAGGAACGGUUCAUUGAGACUCUUCGACAAGCAAGUCACGGUGACGCCAAGGCUGCCAAACCGAAAUCAAAGGCGAAAGAUAAGCCGGAGUGCAAGGCCGACAAGGAGAAAGAUCCCAGCAAGCAGUCUAUAGGUGCAGCGGUGGCAUCGGCUCUACGUAAAGGUGGUCGAGGCAGGCCUGUCCAGCUGUAUGGCAAUGCAGUGGUGUUCAAAGACCGGAAGUUGCUAGAGGAUCACGAGUAUCUCGACUUGGCUUCUGGCCCGCCAGUAUCUGCACAUCGAAGCUCUCCGCGAUCCAAAAAGACAAUGCUUCUUGACACAAUCGAGCUCGAGGAUCGGACAAAGCUAUCCGGACAGCAUCCCAAGAUUCCCAAACUCGAUUUUGCAGCCAGUGCCAAGGCCACCGGCCUUUUCAGCAAGGAUCUGAAGACAAAGAAGAAGACGAGCAGUCUCACCCAUCCGAAGUCCCCAUCCCAAGCUGCUCAUGGGGAAGCACCUAGGACCCCGGCUGCCCAGCUGAACAGCACACUAUCUCAUCUCACUCGAGAGGCUGUGGCGAAAGGUCAAGACAAGUCUCCAGCUUUGACUGCCAAACGCGCCGAGACCAAGAUGGAUCCUCUGUCCUCCGUGGCUGAAAUUUCCAAGAUGACCGUCGACGAGUUACUGGCCGCUUUAGAACAGCACGAUUCUCAUCGAUUGACGGUGACUCACGCCACAUUGGAAGAAGAGGAAGAAUAUGUCCGGCGACAUAUGGCUCUGAGGAAAGAGCUACAGAACAUGAUCUCGAGCCGGAAGCUCGUCCCUGCUGCUAGUAUCUCCGUGGCGGCGCAAUCGACGCGUCAGCUCAUAGCCGUCAUGACGCCUAACGGGUCUACUCGACCGCACAUCACGACGAAACACAAGCGAGCCGACUCGAGGAUUUUCAUCCGGCUCGUAGAUUUUGACCGAAGUUUGCUGUCCAAUGCCUCGCAUUCCGCCGCUGGAAAGUCUGAUUUCGGAGAGCUUCCCGUCAGGGACUUGGUCCUUCGAUCCUCUUGCGUCAGGAGUGUUUUGGAAGUCCAGCAGAGUUCAAUCAAUUUCGGUCAAUGCGAGAAGGGCGAGGCAAAGUCAAAGAUGAUCGUGAUACAGAACCGGAGUGAUUGUCUCGGUCUGUUCCGUUUGCGCACAUCUGGUUCUAUCGCUUCGGGUGAUCUGAAGCUCGGUCUCGGUCGAUUGGGUGUCAUCGCUGCAUUUGGUCGUAAAGAGAUUGAAAACUUCAAUUUUAUCCCUUCGCUCGGCGGAAAUUUCCAAGAGAAUCUGACGGUCGAGAACGUGCUCGAUUCGGUCAACGAUCAAAAUAUCGCCAUCAAAGCAGUGGUCCGGAAACAACCCGUCUUGACUGUCGAACCGCCUUCGAUUGCCUUUGGACCGAUCAGCCCAGACGCUGCGACCAAGCUCGAGUCCAAGACAUUCGUCCUCUCCAACACGUCCAAGGCCGAGCGAACAUUUGUCAUUGAAGUUCAGGAUGGUCCCGAGUCUUUCGCUCAGAUCAGUUUGGCGAGAGAUGACAGCGGUGGAGGGACCGUUUUGUCCAAGGGAGAAGAAGAGGAAGUCGAAACGCUCUUACAGAAGCUCAAGGGAGCUCAGCGAAAAGGCAAAAAGGACAAGGUCGAAAAGUACGAAUCGAGAUUAACAGAGCUGGGCGUUACUCCGCCAAAAUCGUCAAGUCCGACCACUUCGACGGUCUCAGAGUUCUCGGCCCGAGCAGAGAUUGUGGAGGAUCCGGAAGACAGCGCGUCAAUGAAGAGCGGUGCCCCCUCUGGGAUGGCUACGCCUGCUGAGGAGAUGCCUCCGUCGAUGAUCCCGACUCGCCAAUGUACGACGUCGCUUUCCGUUUCGUUACAGCCGAACGAGAAGACAAAGAUCAUCCUGGAUCUGGUCAUGGCGAGCAAUAGUCCGUCUUCCGGUGCGUCAUCGACGACAAAGGAUACGCUGGAGGCUCUAGUCAAAGUGUAUGAUCGGAAAAACACCGACGAGGUCCUCAGUGUCGCCGUCACGGCUUCGAUCGGUAUCAAGGUCAAGGCGUCGCCUGCGAAAGAGGAUGUGUCCAGUGCUGUAACCUCCAUCACCUCUCGUCAGGACCCAUUGCACCUUUCCAUCAUGCGACACUGUCUGCAACUUACUCUUCUAUGCCCAGUCUCUCAGACGGCAUUUUGUGUUGGAUCCAGCAUCUUCUUGCCCGAUACCUCAUCCCAUUUCACGACUCUUCGUCCACACUUCCAGGCCUUCCCGAAGGACGACCCGGACCCAUCUGGCCUCUUGUUGGGGGAGGGUUAUAGUCGUCAGAUUCCUGGCAACACGCACGCCGAAGCGAAUGCGUUGACCAACUUUCGAGCGCGUUACGCUGAACUGCUCAAGUCGUCUGCUGGGUCCACAACCAAUUCGAAGAUCAUAGAUCUCGGCAAAUCGUCUUCUGAUCUAGACGCCGAGUUGCCCGACUUACCCGGCAGUCCAGAAACAAUCAGUACCAUGGCCUCCAUAACGUCCUUGUCCUAUUCUCUGCCGUCCAUUGAGGACGUUCUCGCCGAUUCUAGCUGUUAUGCCACCAUGGAGCCCUGCUCCUUUCGGACAUCCGGCGGACCCAGCUGCGCUCUCGAACUCGUCAAGGCCAAAGUCCAUACUGUCUACUUGGGUGUGGAGGAGCCACCCGAUUUCGUGCAGUGUGAAGGUGUCAGGAUCCUUCAAGAUGGUGGUGUCGAUGUGGUUCGCGUCGUUGGGCUCGAAGAAGAAUGUUUAAAAGCUGCGAGAAGGGGAAGAAAUUAGAUACCUACCAUCUUGUGUGUCGAGAGUUUGUUUCAAACAAUUGUUGUUGCAAUUAGAUCAAGUAUACCCCCCCUCCUUCAACUCAUUCAGUCAAGAGCAAGCUUCGCCAUGCAUUAUCCCCCUCAGCAUCACUGGACGCAGUCGGUUGUAGGUCUCGUGAUUGAUCUUUCUGUUCGGAGUAUUGCAUCAUCAUCUCCGAGUUCGGAGAUCCCCAAUUGACUCGGAAUUCUGUUCACUUUCAAACAUCC